AUGAAUCGUUGCUUCAGAUGCCCAAAAGAUCAGUAUCCAAGCAAGGGCCAAGAUCAAUGCCUUCCAAAGGUUCUAACCUUCCUGUCCUAUAGUGAGCCUUUGGGGGUGGCAUUAUCUUUGAUAGCUGUGUGCGGUUCUCUGCUGACGGGUCUGGUGUUUGGACUCUUCAUCAAACACUGGAACAGCCCCAUUGUCAAAGCCAGCAAUCGGUAUCUCACCUGCUGCUUGCUUGGCUCCCUCCUGCUCUGCUUCUCCUCCUCACUGCUGUUCAUCGGACAGCCGCAGACUGUGACCUGCCUUUUACGACAAAGCUCAUUUGGCAUUAUUUUCUCAGUGGCGCUUUCAUCCAUAUUGGCCAAAACUCUCACCGUCGUCCUGGCUUUCAUGGCCUCAAAGCCAGGCAGCAAGAUGAGGAAAUGGGCAGGGAAAAGACUGGCAAACGUGGUUAUUCUUUCCUGUUCCGGUACUCAAACAGGAAUUUGUACUUUGUGGCUCUGUACUACCCCUCCAUUCACAGAUACGGACAUGCACGCUCUAGCUGAAGAAAUUGUGGUUGAAUGCAACGAAGGCUCGGUCACGAUGUUUUACUGUGUCUUGGGAUAUUUGGGGUUCAUGGCUAGUGUCUCUUUUCUGGUUGCUUUUUUCGUUCGGAAAUUGCCAGACAGUUUCAAUGAGGCCAAGUUCAUAACUUUCAGCAUGUUGGUGUUUUGCAGCGUUUGGGUGUCCUUUGUUCCAACUUACUUGAGCACCAAGGGGAAAUAUAUGGUGGCCGUGGAGAUCUUCUCCAUUUUAGCAUCCAGCUCUGGUUUACUGAUUUGUAUUUUUUCCCCAAAAUGUUAUGUCAUUGUUUGGAGGCCUGAACUGAACAGCAAGGUCCACUUAUGUAUAAGAAAUAGGUAG